AUGUCUACAUAUAUUCUGGCAUUCGAUAAACCUAAGCAAUUGGCAGUAAUCUUGCGGGACUCUCAGUUCCCUACAAAACUCACUACCGCCUUUAGUUUAAACAAAUGGAAAAUGUUUUGGAGUCUAUCGAUUCCUCCCUGCAUUUUUAUGCAACAUCAACAGCAACAGCAACAGCAACAGCAACAGCAACAGCAACAGCAACAGCAACAGCAACAGCAACAGCAACAGCAACAGCAACAGCAACAGCAACAGCAACAGCAACAGCAACAGCAACAGCAACAGCAACAGCAACAGCAACAGCAACAGCAACAGCAACAGCAACAGCAACAGCAACAGCAACAGCAACAGCAACAGCAACUACAACAGCACAAACAUCGAUUUGUCUGCUUUUGGUAG